CCGUCACGUGGUUGGGAUCUGCGCUUGCGCAGUGCGGUGCCGGGAUCCGGAAAUGGGCUAUCUGGCUGGUGCGGCUGCGCCCGGCUGCGCGGACUGAGGAGAGCAGACCUUACGGGGGACCCUAUGCAGCAUCACAUGAGAUGAGCAAAGCUACUCAGCCUAUAGGAGGACCCCCUACAGCCCCUUCCCCUGGACUCCAACAGACAUCAUUCCCCAGUGCACCUACGGCCCCUGUGGUGUUUGGGCCGCCACAGACCCCACAAAUGAAUACACAAUCACAACCUCGACAGGCAGGAUUCAGAUCAAUACAGCAUUACUAUCAGAGCAGGGCCCAACCUCCUAGCAACGCCGCCAGAGUCCAGAGUGGUUCUUCAGCUCGAGCAGUGCCUCCUACUCAUGUGUAUCCCGCUGGUUCUCAAGUGAUGAUGAUUCCCUCACAGUUAUCUUAUCCUUCACAAGGUUACUAUAUACAAAGCGGACAGGGUCGUCCUUAUGUAAUGCCCACACAGCAGUACCCAGUGCAACCUGGCGCUCCUGGCUUUUUUCCUAGUGCUAGUCCCACAGAGUAUAACGCAUAUGCCGGAGCAUAUUAUCCUGCGCAGCAGCAAUUUCCUCCAGGGGUGCCCGGUGCCCAGGUGAUGAUUAAUCAGGCAGCGCCUCCAAAGAGAGAACGAAAAACUAUAAGGAUCAGAGACCCAAACCAAGGAGGGAAAGACAUUACAGAAGAAAUCUUGUCUGGAGGAAGAACUUCGUCAACACCGACACCUCCCCAGUCUGUAACUGGAGGCUCUGAAGUCCAGGCAAAUGGAGAGAGUGUCCAUGUGCCUAUUGUAGUGCGUCCAGAUGACAGCUCAAGGAACACCCAAGUGCUGUUAAAGACUUCUGAGAGCCCCUCACCCUCUCCUCCUAUAGAAACAGAAAUGAACAUGGCUUGUGAGCAAGACUUAACACUUGAUAACACUACACCUGAGGUACCUUUGCUAGGGGCUCUCAAUUCACAGGAAGUGCCCUUGCUGGAAAAUCCUUCAUCUCAGGUAUCAAUACAGCCAGAGGUUCCUACAUCUGUUUUAGAGAACCUAGCCCCGAUGGAAAUGACCGUUACAGAGACAACUGUCCAACAAGCAGAUACUCUGCCAGAAGCUCCCGUUGUACAGCCCCCUGAGGAAUCUAAUAUUUAUUCUCCUCCAUCUGAUGAGUCUGUUUCACAGGAGGCUGCUUUGCAACAACAGGAUACCCCUGUAGUAGCUCCAGAAACAGAGUUUGAAGAACCGGCUCCUCCAACCCAAAUUUCACCUGAGCCUUUAGCUGCAGAAACAAAGGAACCUGCUCCAGAGUCUGUACAGGGAUCAAAUUCCCUUGAGGAUCCUCUGGCUACAACGGACGUUCAAACUAAUGGCCUCUCUGAAGAAGUGUCUGUGCCACCUGCACAUCUAGAACCACAAUCGGUUUGCCAUUCCGAGCCCACAUUGGAUUCCCCCAUCGCCCAGCCAGAAGAACUGCUAACAAAUGGUGAAGGAUGCCCUGGACUCCAAGAAGUUGAUGCACAGGACACAGAGCCAGAGGCUCAUGUAAGCCCCAUAGCUGAGCCUGAGGAGCAACUGGUACCUGCUGCUGAUCCUACACCAGAAGAGGAGGAUACUGGGAAAGAGCCUAUUGCUGAGCCAGAGCAAACUCCUGCCCAAGCUCCAAAACAAAGCACAGAUGUCUAUAUGCCAGGUGCUCUGUCUGUACCAAAAAAGAAAAGGAAAAUAAAAGAUUUAAACAAGAAAGAUGCGGUUGGAGAUCUGUUGGACGCGUUCAAAGAGGAUGUAGAUAGCUCCAGUGAAACAACAGAAUCUGCUGCUAUACCACCUCCUGUAGCACCGGAACCGGAGCAGACCCCUAAUGUCCCAGCUGAAGAGCAAGACGAGACAUGGGAGGAGAAGGAAGACAAGUUGGAUGCUGAAAAUAUUAAGCCAGGGGAUUUGAAGUACAAAUACAAAGAGGAGCAAUGGAAGCCUCUGAACCCUGAAGAAAAGAAAGGCUAUGAUCGGGAGUUUUUGCUGGGCUUUCAGUUUAUCGUGGCCAGUAUGCAAAAACCAGAAGGUCUCCCUCAGAUUACCGAUGUAGUGCUCGACAAGGCAAAUAAGACUCCUCUUAGGCCUAUAGAUCCAGCAAGACUGGCUGGCAUGAACGCUGGGCCAGACUUCACCCCACAUUUUGCCAAUCUUGGUAAACCUACCAUGGGGAAUCGUGGACCACCCCCUGCUGGAAUGGGUCCUCGGCGAUCUCAACAGGGACCGCGAAAGGAGCCACGAAAAAUUAUUGCAGCGGUGUCAAUAAAUGAGAAUGUUCAGCUGAAUAAAGCAGAGAAAGCAUGGAAACCACUGAACAAGAGAGCUGGUGAUGAAGAUGAUCCAGGAGCAGUGAAAACACAGGAUUUGUUCCGCAGCGUGCGCAGUAUCCUUAACAAGCUCACACCACAGAUGUUUCAACAACUCAUGAAGCAAGUCACCGAUUUAGCCAUAGACACAGAGGACCGGCUGAAGGGUGUGAUUGACCUGAUAUUUGAGAAAGCCAUCUCAGAGCCAAACUUCUCUGUUGCAUAUGCCAAUAUGUGCCGCUGCCUUAUGGGGCUGAAAGUCCCAACUACAGACAAGCCGGGAGUGACUGUGAACUUCCGCAAGCUGCUACUUAACCGCUGCCAGAAGGAGUUUGAAAAGGAUAAGGAUGAUGACGAAGUGUUUGAAAAGAAGCAGAAAGAAUUAGAUGCUGCUUCCACGCCAGAAGAGAAGACGCGACUAAAUGAUGAACUGAUAGAAGCGAAGGAUAUUGCUAGGCGCAGAUCUCUAGGCAACAUUAAAUUCAUUGGAGAGCUUUUCAAAUUGAAAAUGCUGACUGAAGCCAUUAUGCAUGAUUGUGUAGUCAAGUUAUUAAAGAACCACGAUGCAGAGUCUUUAGAGUGUCUGUCCCGAUUGCUGUCCACAAUUGGGAAAGACUUGGACUUUGAAAAAGCUAAGCCUCGAAUGGAUCAAUAUUUUAACCAAAUGGAUAAAAUUAUCAAAGAAAGAAAAACCUCUUCUCGUAUCCGUUUCAUGCUUCAGGAUCUCAUUGAUCUAAGAAUGUGCAAUUGGGUGCCACGUCGUGCAGACCAGGGACCUAAGACUAUAGAUCAGAUUCAUAAAGAUGCAGAAUUGGAAAAACAGAGGGAACAUGUAAAGGUUCAGCAGCUAAUGUCCAAACAAGACAAAAGACGAGAGCCACAAGGACGACCCGCUGGUGGACGUAGUAAUCAGCAAUCGGAUGAUGGUUGGAACACUGUGCCCAUUACCAAAGGAAGCCGUCCUAUUGACACCACUAGGAUCAGUAAAAUAACGAAGCUUGGUGCAAUAGACUCUAAUCAACUGUUGGCACCUGGCGGACGUUUAAGUUGGGGUAAAGGAAGCAGUGGAGGCAGUGGAGGCGCUGGAGCAAAGCCUGCUGAGUCAGCUCCAGAAUCUGGACGACCCAGCACACUUAAUAGGUUUUCUGCUCUUCAGCAAUCAUCUGCAGAGAGUCAGGAUGCCAGGCGGCCUGUUUCCAGAGGUAGUUCAAGUCGUGAUCGUUCUGAUAAAGACAGAGGAGAACGAUUUGAUAGAAGUGAGAGAUAUGAAAAAAGUGAUCUCUUUGAGAGGCCUGACCGCUCUGACCGAUCCCGGGCUGUAAUCACAAAGAGGAGUUAUAGCAAGGAGACAGAUGACCGCAGUAGAGAAAGAGAAGCACAGAUUCCACAGGAAGCCGUGAGAAAAGUGGCCAGUAUGAUUGAGCCAAGAGACCGCAGCAAAGAAAGUCUCAAGAAGGAAACUCCAGCACCGGUGGCUGUCACCACUACCUCCGCCAAACCUGCCUUGUCUGAGGAAGAACUCGAAAGAAAAUCUAAAUCAAUCAUAGAAGAGUUUCUACAUCUCAAUGAUGCAAAGGAGGCAGUCCAGUGUGUGCAGGAACUUAAUAGCCCAACGCUGCUUUUUAUCUUUGUACGGAAUGCUAUCGAGUCAACGUUGGAGAGGAGCACUAUUGCCCGUGAACAUAUGGGUCAUCUUCUGUAUACAGUGGUGAAAUCUGGUACACUAUCCAGAGAACAGUAUUAUAAAGGCGUGUUAGAAGUACUUGAGGUGGCAGACGAUAUGGAGAUCGACAUACCUCACAUAUGGCUUUACUUGGCUGAGCUUAUCAGCCCAGUCCUAUUAGAGGAAGGAAUUCCAAUGGGAGAGUUGUUCAGAGAACUUACAAAGCCUUUAGUUCCAAUUGGAAAGGCUGGCAUCCUUCUAGCAGAAAUCCUAGGUCUGCAGUGCAAAGGAAUGUCUCAUAAGAAAGCAGGGGCUCUAUGGCAAGAAUCUGGGCUCAGCUGGAAGGAAUUCUUGUCAAAAGAUCAGGAUGUGAACAAGUUUAUAAGUGAAAAUAAACUAGAGUACACCUUGGGAGAUGAGACUGAGUCACCAAGCAAGAAAGAUCUUUCACCGGCAGAACUAGAGAAUGUGCUUAUGAAGCUAUUGAAAGAGAACACCAGCAACCAGAAGAUAUUUGAUUGGAUUGAAGCCAACCUUUCUGAUCAACAGCUGGCAUCCAACGCUUUUGUCCGUACUCUGAUGAGUAACGUAUGCCACUCUGCCAUUAUCUUUGAAAAUCCCUAUAGAGUCGAUGUAGCUGUGAUUCACAUCAGAGCAAAGUUACUUCAGAAAUACCUAAAUAGUGAAGCAAAGGAGUUGCAGGCAUUAUAUGCUCUACAGGCACUUGUUGUGAAGUUAGAUCAGCCCCCAAAUCUGCUGAGGAUGUUCUUUGAUGCCCUGUAUGAUGAGGAUGUGAUAAAAGAGGAACCUUUCUACAAGUGGGAAUCCAGCAAGGACCCGGCUGAACAGCAGGGAAAAGGAGUCGCUCUAAAAUCUGUCACCGCCUUCUUCACAUGGCUGCGGGAAGCAGAAGAUGAAUCAGAUACUGAUCACAAGGACUGAAACAAAUUUUCCCUUAUGCUUGCUCUUAGUUUUCACUGGGGCUUCCAUUUUCCCCUCAUUCCCUGCUGACUUUUUAACAGAUAAAUACAUCAAUCCCAAUGAUUUUGCAUUU